GUAACACCAAAAGAAUUUAAUAAAAUUCAAAAUGGCAAAAGUAAUGCUCAUAUAGAAAUGAAAACAAAUAAACAACAAAUACCUUAUAAAGCAAUUUUAACAAAUGGAAUUGUUUGGAUAUGUUGGCUAAAUGCUUUUGCAGAAUUACUCCCCGGUGUAUUCAUUAUGCAAUAUAAACCCCAAUAUUUUAACUAUGUUUUGGGUUAUAGUAUUUUUGAUACAGGAUGGUUAACUGCCUUAACCUCUCUUUUACAUAUUCCUUUAAAAUUAAUUUUUGGUUGGGCAAGUGAUAAAAUUAGGUUUUUUAAUUAAAUUAGAUAAUACAGUGGCGGAAAAUUACUUAGGGAAAAAUUUUCUCUUCGUGUUUUUUACGUUUUACUCAAAAAAUUUUCUUUUGGCUUUAUUUAUUUUUGUG